AUGGAAAAGGUGUACGCUUCUGCCUCUGCAGCCAGCACAGUCCUUGUAACUUUGGGGCAAGCAAGCCUCAUCGAUCGCUGUCAAUCAAUCAUAAUCACCGCGAUUAUCCCCGUCAUGCAAAUCCACCUCUAUGGCUCGGUUUUCUCAGACGGGCUGCGCCAAAAAUUCAGCAUCUACCAAUUAGACAUGUGUAUGGCCGUGCUUGCGGAACUGGGCAAGACCUUCUGGGCGGCCGACAUGACUUACAAUAUCUUCUCCGAGGCCAAGCGGAAGAUCAAAUCCAAAUUCGACAGACAACCACCCGUCCCGCGACCUUCUAGUAUCACAUCGCCAGGGUCUAACCACUGCAUCUCGACGCUGACACCGACACCAGCCCAGCCCGUGACAGCCGUGGGCAAUCCGGCGAGCCACGGCCAGACUUCCUCGUCAAUGGAUCUUUCAGAGCCAGACCUGAGUGCGCUGCUGGGCGGUGAACUGUUCCUCUCGGCAGAUAGAUGUCUAUUUCCGGACACGAUCUUUGAGCCUGGUGGCGAAUGGGACUUUGAUAGCAACACCUUUAUGAGUCCGUCGGGGUUUAUGAACUUUGAGAACACGAACGAAGUGGCGUUCAUGUCUCACGAGACGUGA